GAUUAAUGAAAAAAAUAAUAAUCCGCCUAUGAAAAAAAAUUAAUAAUAUAUUUAUGAAAAUUACUAUAUUUAAAUUUGAAUACAAAAAAAUUUUAUUUUAUUUAUUUGCAAAGGCAAUUUGAAGUGUUAUCUUUUGUCAUUUCGUUUAUCUAUUCUUAGUAGAUAAUUUUUUUCUCUAUUUUUUAUGCGUAAUUUUAUAAAAAUCUAUUUAAAGUAUUUCACAAAAUUAGGUCAUAUCUUUACUAUUUAUUGACGUAGUUUUGAAUACUUAUUUAUAAAAACAAUUUUGUCAUAUUAUGAAAAACAUAACCUCAAAUCAAUCAAGAUACAUUUAUCUUAUUUCGUAAUAUUCAAAAAUUGCCGACUUUACUUAAUAUAAUAAGUAACGUAAAGACAGCACGUAAAAUGACUACGGCGAAGAUCGAAUUUGCGGUAGACAUGACUUGUCAAAAAUGCAUUGAUUCGGUGCGAAAUGUUUUAACUGGUGUAAAUGGAAUUGAAAAUAUUGAUAUAUCAUUAGAAAAAGGAAUUGUUAUAGUUGAAACAAAUUUGCCAUAUUUUAUAAUUCAAGAAAAAAUUGAACAAUCUGGGAAAAAAGCUGUUUUGAAGGGAUAUGGAGAUAAUUAUAGCGCAGUUACAAUGUUAGGAGGAAAUUCAGGAUAUACUGUAGAUAAUAGAAUAAUGGGUGUAAUAAGAUUUGCAGAAACUCCUGAUGGAUGUCUCAUAGAUGGUACAAUUGAUGGCUUAACACCUGGUGAACAUGGCAUGCAUAUUCACGAAUGUGGUGACAUUUCUCAAGGUUGUGAUAGCAUGUUGGAGACUUGGGAAAUAUAGUAGUCAAUAAUUCUGGUAGAGCUACUUUCAGAAUGAUAGAUAAACUUGUAACAAUUUCUGAUGUUAUUGGAAGAUCUUUAGUUAUAACAGAAAAACCAGAUGAUUUGGGAAGAGAUAUCAAUCCAGAAUCUAAAAUAAAUGGCAAUAGUGGCAAUAGAUUGGCUUGUGGUAUUAUUGCUCGUUCAUCUGGCUUAUUUCAAAAUACAAAAAGACUCUGUGCUUGCGAUGGACUUACAUUAUGGGAUGAAAGAAAUAAAGCAUUUAAAAAUAAAAAUGAUUAUUCUGGAGCAAGUAAUAAUUGUAUAGUAUUCUAAAUUUUUUAAUAACUUUUAGUAAUUUUUAAUAACUUUUAGUAAUUAUAUAAUACAAAUGUCAAAAUGUAGUCACGUUUGUAGAUCUCAAAUAUUUCUUUGCACAGUACUUUUUUGUAUACGUAUAUAUUUUAUGUUUACUUAAUAUUUAUUUAAAAUGAAUAAUAAGUUUUAUUUGUCCAUAGAUAAUCAUUAUAAUUUUUAAUUUUGUCUGUAACCUGUUAUAUAUGUUAUUUAAUUAUUCGAUCGACAACUUUUAAUAAAAAUUAUUGUUUUUUGUCUUUUUCAGCAAAAUUAUAA